AUGAAGGAGGAGAGCCAGAAGGGAUGGAAUAGGAGAAGGAGCCAGGGAGGUGGACAGAGCUUCAGCCAGAGCUCAGAGCUGGUGAUCCCUGAGCAGCUCCAUGAUGGGGAGAAGCCCCACAAGUGCUUGAAGUGUGGGAAGAGCUUCAGCUGUAGGUCCUGCCUGCUUCACCACCAGAUGAUCCACACUGAGGAGAAGCCCUACGAGUGUCCUGAGUGUGGAAAGGGCUUCAGAGACAGCCCCCAGCUCACCAUCCACCAUUGCAUCCACACCGGGGAGCAGCCCUGUGAGUGCUGGGAAUGUGGCUAGAACUUCCUCCAGAGCCCCCGCCUGACUUCCCACCAGAAGAUCCACACUGGGGAGAGGCCCUACGAGUGUUCUGAGUGUGGGAAAUCAUUUCAGAUCAGCUCCCUUCUCCUUACACAGCAGCGGAUUCACACUGAGGAGAGGCCCUUCCUCUGCCCCAACUGCAGGAAGGGCUUCAAGCACAACUCCCACCUCACCAGGCACCGGCGCAUCCACACCGGGGAGAGGCCCUACAAGUGCCCUGAGUGUGGGAAGAGGUUCAGGACCAGCUCAGUCUUGAAUCAACACCAGUGGAGACACCGCUAAGGGAAGCCCUGCAAGUGCCCCAGCUACAGGAGGAGCUUCAUGCACUGCUCCAACUUCCUCCCCCAUCAGAGAACCCUCAUUGCAGAGAGCCCUGAUGACCCACAGUCCCAAUAAUCCAAGUUGGGAAGAUACCUGGCUGGUCUCUACAUCAUCCUGGUUCCCAGUAGGCACCUGACUCAACGCUGGGGCAGGAACAUCCAUUGGGUCUCAGCUCCAUAUUGGAAACUCCCUGGGAAGAGCUGAUUUUUUACCUUGUCGUGGUUUGAAAGAUGGGUGUCUGCUAAGGAAGGCAGGAGCCCUCCUUGGAAUGGAAAAUGUAAACCCCCUUCCUCUGAAUUAUUAGAAUCAUGAAAUUAAGGGGCUCUCAGGCAAAAAUAUGGGAAGAGGAAUAACAGUUCUUUACUGGUGUGUAUAAUAAAGCAAACAAAGAACAACAACUACAGCAUUGACAGAGGCUCUGCUGCACAAACCCACAGGGGCAGCUGAUCCCGGUGCCCCAGCAGGGCUCGGGGAGCACCAGAGUGGGCUGGCAAGAUGUAUCAGCAGGCAGGGGGUGUGGGGUGUGAAAAACACCUUCAGUCUCCUGUGAAAAUUUAAAAAGUUUAAUAAAGAACAGUAGGAAACAAGGACCAUAUAGCAAAAGUUAUUACAGCCAGGUGCAUCUUGGCACUCAGCUGGGGAUACCCCUUAAAUACCUUUUCCCUUACACCAACCUUUUGAAUAUUCAUAGACCCUUUUGCAUAGUAAACAUUUCCCCAAACCAGUUUAUAUGUUCCAAGAACUCCUUAGCAUAUCUCGUCCUUGGAUCUGCCAUUUUAGAGCAUGAGUGUUCCUGGCUUGUGGUUUUAGUCCUUUUUUUAUCAUCAUCUUCAGUUUUGGGUCUGGUCCACACUGCCUUCAGACAGUGGUUGCUGAUAGUUAGCAGAUCUGUAGAGGUGUCCUCAUCCUGUGUUCAU